AUGUAUCCAGUCGUUACAUUCAUUCUUUUAUGUCAAUCUCAAUCCCAGAUUAAUGUAUCCUUAAGUGCCAUGAACUAUCCUUGGCGAUCAGCUGCAGCCCGAAAUAUACAUGCCGAUUCUGCGGCUUCCACUUCAUCAUUACCUAGUGAUCGUCCUAAUAAUCUUCCCAUAACUGUGGGAACCGUCGCUUCUCGUAUCUUGUUCCUUCAAAAGCUUGCGGGCAAUCAAAAAAAUAAAUCACCUCCAAAAACACCCUCUCGAUUUCCACAAAUACGAUCGACUUCAAGAACAAGACGAGAGAGAAGUAGUAAAUCACCUCAUCGAUCACAAUCACCUCCUCAUCUUAGACCGCCAUUGAAUAGGAGACGGGAAAACUCUCGCUCUAGCUUUGGUCGUCGACCAACCAAUAUCUUUGGAACCCCAGCUUCCAGAAAUUCGCAGCCGAAUGAACAACCUCAGACUGGGAUAAAUCAUUCGUUCUUGGGUUUGCAAACUCCGAGAUCGAAUCAUGAUGUGGGACAUGCUAGAGCUGGGUAUAAGGGUACACCAAGGGCUGAUGGAAUUGGACCUUCGCCGAGUAGUUUGCGUGGUAUGGUUCGAGAAGAUGCUCUUGCUAGUGGUUGGGCUUCUGUUGCUGAAACGUUGAAGACGUCCAGUAGAUGUCGGGAAAAGAUUGCUGGUUACAAGGUAGAUAUCAGCAAGGGUAUUCAACGGUUAGAGGACAAUUAUGUUUCAACACAAUUACCAUCGGAUCCUCAAAAAUCUCACAAACAAAAUCAGGUGUCAAGUCAUUAUCGCCAAAGGGAAGAGACACGUCAAAAUGAGAUGAGCAAUUCUGAGGUAUCUACACGUACAACAUCCACACUUCGUCGGCAAAGUGUUCGAGACUUGUUUGAUACUUAUUGUAUUGAAAGACCUCCUGGACUUGCAUCCUCCGAAGUGGCGCGUGAAGAAAUCCAUAAACCUCAAAGACAUCGAGUCUGUCAUCUUUCAUCAAGACUACCGCGUAUAACAACACCUAGACCAGCAAAGAGACAGAUCACAAAGCAGUCUAUGCUGAGACCUUUACCACUUCCAGUACAAACUGCUAAGGACAUCACACCAAAACAAAAGCCAACCCGCACGGAGCCAUUUCCUUCAUUUCAUCCUAGUAGCUCUGUACCACAAAAUAUAAAUACUAGGCCUAAUCCAGUUUUGACGACUUCUAAAUUAUUACAUUCGUGUCCCGGUAUUUAUGUCCCCGAGGAUUCUCAAAAAUCUACAUCUAAAUUCGAGGACGCCUCCCAAGCACAUCGCCCGUAUCUUAUAACAGAUGCUUCCUCGCAGGAUAACGCCAACGAGCAUAGGUCAGAAUUACACUCACCACAGACAUAUGACCACAGGUGCGAAAGUUGCCAACCUAGUCGUCAUGGAAGCUUUACCUACCAACGUUCCACUCCUCACUCACUUACCCGUAGUGAUGAUGUUCUAGCCAUGGAUGGUGGUAUUACAGCGAAAAGUACCAAUAAUGAGAACAUCUACCGUUCACAAUCCUAUCCUGAUUCUUCGAAAGCAUCACAACCCUCCAUGAGAUUGUAUCGAUUGAAUGGAUCUAAAAAUCGAGCAACACAACUCAGUCAUGAAUCAGACCACCGAGAAUUCCCGCGAACUUCUAUUAGAUCAGACCAAUUCUUAGACAACUCAAUGCAUCCUAACACGCAACAUACCUUUGCGAUGGAUCGUGUAGACCAUGCAGAAAAUACGCAAGAUUCAAAAAGCUCGUAUCGUGUUCUGAACGAAUCGACACAUCACUCAGUACAAUCCAGCUACGGAUUCGAUCACAUAGAAGACUCAAAACUCCUAAAUAACUUCUACCCAUUUACCCACGAACCAAUAUGUAGAGCAGGACAACAAAAAUAUGGAUCAGAUUACGUAGAGUGUCACGGUUAUCCAAGGACUGGUCAUGGACACUGCGAUCGUAGUCCUUAUGAUAGUGUUUCCGAAUGGUUAGGGAGUCCUGAUGAAUUUUCUCCUCUUCAAAGAUCUGGCACUCCGUGGAACACGCCGAUGGAGGUUAGUCAUGUAUUGGAGAAGAGUCCUCCUAAUGGUAUCAGGAAGGCAAGUGAUACAUUAUCCAUGGAUCAAAUUCCAUCACCAUGGGUUUCAUCACCGAUCACACCAAAAAGUUUAGCACCAUUAAGAAGACAAGCCAUCAAUAAAGCUCCAAGAGAAGCAAGUCCCAAAGUUACCGUAAACCGCGAUACAGCAACUCCCACCGACGGAACCAAAGAUCCAUCCAUUGGAGAGGGAGCUGUAAAAUCAAAUAUUCGAUUUCCAACUAACUCUUCACCAAGCUAUUUCACAUCCAAUCCAUGGAGAGAUAAAGAAUCGGUCAAUUUUCCAAGAAGUUAUCUUUAUUGGAAACGGAUGUCGAAUUCUCCUUUGCAUCAAGUAUCUAGACGUUCGACCGAUCGCGAUUGUGAGAUUUCGGAUAUUUGUGGUCAGUCGGAGUGGGCUGGGGAGAGAAGGGAAGGUUCGAAAGCUAGUGCAAGGGGGAAGUUGAAGGAGAGGUUUGGAUGGGAAGGGAUGAGGGGUGAGAUUUAUGGACGAGAGAAUGGGGGUUUGAGAAGUAGAGGGAUGGGAAGUGUGAGGGGGGUUGCUAUGGAGGUGGAGGUGAAUAGGAGUGAGUUGACGCGGGGUAGUGGGGGGUAUUUUGACGCGAGGAUGAGAUGGGUUUCUGGUGGUGGGAGUGAGGGGAGGGAAGCGUUUGUCGAGGAGGGAAAUCUGGGUGAUGAUCUUGUGCGAAGUGAGGAUAGGGAUGUGGAUAAGAAUGAUGAUGAAAAAAAUGAUUGUAUCUGGAAGAGGAGAGCUAUAGAUUUUGAUGCUGGGGGUGGAGGUAGAGGUAAAGUGAGGGAUAAACAGGGGUUAAGAAGUGAAAUGGCAGGAAAAGAGAAAAUGAACGGUAUUAAAGGGGUUACGAUUGUAGUUCAUAUGGUUCGUGGGGAGGAUUUGGUUUUGAGGACUAAUGGGGAGGGAGGGUUGAGUUGUGAAGGUUUGGAGGGGUUGGAAAGGUUGUUGGAGAUUGGGAGGGGUUAG